GUCAUUGGAUGGUCAAUUCAAGACGAGGGAUCUGGUGGUGCCCACACGCCGUUAGGCUUUCCCUCCCCGCCCCAAACAGACCCCCGCUCUUUCUAAUCUUCGUCGUUUUCUUCGUCGUCUAUUCUUUCCGAUUGAUAUCCCUCUGUUUCACCCGACGACCAAUGGAGGAACCUGAGAGGAACCCUAAGGAGAUGGGCACAGAGAUGACCGUGAUCCGGUCCACCAACCACUCGACGGUCCAUGCGCUGACGGCCAUGAUCAUCUGGCUUGGCUCCAUCCAUCUUAACAUUCUCCUCUUCCUCCUGUUCGUCAUCUUCUGCCGCACCACCGUUGCUUUCUUCAAGCUGGGGCAAGCUUAUGCGAGAUAUGUGGGCAAGUAUGCACCCGGCUACUUCCCUGUUACGGUUCAUAUGGAGGACGCCAGGGCAUUUGAUCAGAACAAAGCAUAUGUCCUUGCUGCUGAGCCACACUCAGUAUUUCCCAUUGGAUGUCUAUCUCUUUUGAGUUUUACUGGAUUGAUGCCUCUGUCUAAGACUAAAGCUCUUGCUAGCACUGCUAUGUUCCAUACACCCAUCCUCAGGCAAAUAUCAACAUGGAUGGGACUUGUCCCUGCUACAAAGAAGAACUUCAUCAGGUACCUGGAAACUGGUUAUAGCUGUAUAAUCAUUCCAGGAGGAGUCCAAGAAAUCCUUUAUAUGAACCAUAAUUAUGAGGUUGCAUAUCUUAAACGAAGGUAUGGCUUUGUACAAGUUGCUAUUGAAACAGGCUCUCCUUUAGUCCCUGUCUUCUGCUUCGGUCAGAGUAAUGUGUAUAAAUGGUGGAAACCUCAAGGGAAGUUUUAUGUUCAUGUUGCUAGAGCAAUCCGUUUUGCACCAUUAAUAUUUUGGGGAGUCUUGGGGUUGCGGAAGUUCAUGCCCGCUUUAUAUCUGCUAUGGAGAAAUUAUUUGUAAGACUGCAGCAUCGCGGAACAGUCAAAAAUGCUGUCCUGUGCUUGUAUCAGAAUUUUUUAAGCCAAUCAUGAGUCCCCCUGUAUGUUACUAAAUCAUUUUUGUGGUCAAACCUGUAAGUAUGCUAUUGUUGCCUAUAUGUUUAUAUCGUUUUUAGUUGAGUCCCAAUCAUGGAAAGCACUUAAUUUUAGUUUUAUAGUACUUUC